AUGCGUGGAGCAAACGCACAAGGAGUCGCACCGUCAAGCCCACAGCAGUGCUCGAAGAGACCACCAUUUAGGGCUGGUGUGGCACCGAUGCGGCCUGGGUUUGGCAACCCUGAAAGGCAGAAAGAACAGGAAAUGAACGCAUGGUUACGUAGAAAAGAUUACAAUCCCAUGAAAGCGGCUGCUGAGGCAAGAAAAGCGAGGGAAUUGAAGGCCAGGUACAGUGCUUUGAGAGGAUUACUUCAUUCUAAUAUCACUACUUGA